AGGAUUCUCUUCCUCUGCCUUUGCUCGCUCGUCAAGGAAGAAACCCUACACCGCCCGCCUGCGUUUUCUUCUGCUCUCUCGCCGCAACACAUCGGGAAGAUUGACAUCAAUGGCGGCGAGCGAGAACACGGUGUUGCAGUUCUCGUCCCCUUCGACGAGCCUGUCGGCGAAGGUCCACCCCCUGGUGAUAUUCAACGUCUGCGAUUGCUACGUCAGGCGGCCGGACCAGGCCGUGCGGGUCAUCGGCACUCUCCUCGGCUCGAUCUUGCCAGACGGGACCGUCGAUAUACGCAACUCCUACGCCGUCCCUCACAACGAGUUCUCCGGCCAGGUUGCGCUGGAUAUCGAUUAUCAUCAUAACAUGCUGAUAUCUCACCAAAAGGUGAAUCCAAAAGAAGUCAUUGUUGGAUGGUAUUCAACUGGCGAUGGUGUCACUGGUGGUAGUGCAUUGAUCCAUGAGUUCUAUUCUAGAGAAGUUUCGAACCCUGUCCACUUGACCGUUGAUACUGGAUUCAACAAUGGCCAGGCUUCGAUCAAAGCUUAUGUUUCUACUAAUUUGUCUCUUGGGGACCGACAGCUUGCUGCCCAGUUUCAAGAGAUUUCUUUGGAUCUGCGCAUGGUGGAAGCGGAGAGAGUUGGAUUUGAUAUCUUGAAGAAACAAUCAGUUGAUAAACUCCCAAGCGAUUUGGAGGGAAUGGAAGCCACAAUGGAACGUCUGCUAGCUUUAAUUGAUGAUGUGUAUAAAUAUGUCGACAAUGUUGUGGAAGGCCGCACCCCUGCUGAUAACAGCGUCGGAAGAUUCAUAGCAGAUUCAGUAGCUUCAAUUCCGAAAAUGUCACCGCUGGCUUUUGAUAAGCUUGUGAACGACAGUAUACAGGACCAGUUGCUAAUGCUUUACCUCUCGAGCAUCACGAGGACACAGCUCAGCUUAGCAGAAAAAUUGAACACGGCGGCACAGGUCCUGUAUAACCAAUUUCAGACCCACUCUUAAGCUGGAAUUAAUGCAGCUGAAUGGAAAUUCAUCCGGCCUAGUCUUGUUUGUCGGUGUAUGGCGACGGUUAGGAUGCUGGCCAUUGUUUGCUGAAGUGAUUGUAAAAUCUUUCCAAUAUUUGACUGAGAGGAGGUUUUGCUUCCUUGAUAGAGAGAACAAAGAUUUUCUAACUUAUCUGUAGUGGGAAUCGGUCAAGCAUCAGAGAAGUUUUGAGUGUCGAGAUUUCCUCCUAUCUAUGAAACAUGCAGCUUUUUGAGGAAUUACUAUGAAGUUAAAUUCUUUUCCC